AUGGCCUCGCACCUCGAAUCCUCUGUCUCUCGCUUUCUCCCCGACCCCAAGACCGUUGCCAUCGUGGGCUGCCCCUUCAAAGGUGGCCAGACGAAAGCGGGUGUAGACAAUGGCCCCAUUCAUCUCGUCGCAGCUGGGCUCCCCGAACAACUCACCGAGCUCGGUUGGAAGGUCCUGUUCGAUGGUCACCACCAAUUCGACCAGAUCUCUGCAGAAGACGACCCCCAAUUGGCCAUGGGCACCAUCUCCGGCACCUUUCAGAAGUACCCCGACGCCUGCGUCAUCUGGGUAGACGCACACGCGGACAUCAACACCGCGAGACCACGGACUCCGGUUCGUCCUCCCGCCCUGCUUCUCCGCUCUUGGUCGGGCCACUCACCUCUCCUCGCCUCCACCCCCCACGGUCCCCCCACAGGCAACAUCCACGGAAUGCCCGUCUCCUUCCUCAUGGGCCUCGGCCCCAAGGUCGACGAGUUCGCCUGGGUCCAGCCCGUGCUCAAGCCGCACCGGAUCGUCUACAUCGGCCUCCGCGACGUCGACCAGGGCGAGCGCCGCAUCCUCAAGGAGCACGGCAUCAAGGCCUACUCGAUGCACGAGGUCGACAAGUACGGCAUCGGCCGCGUCGUCGACAUGGCCCUCGACCACGUCAACCCGGGCCGCACCCGCCCCGUGCACCUCUCCUUCGACGUCGACGCCCUCGACCCGACCGUCGCGCCCUCGACCGGCACCCCCGUCCGCGGCGGGCUCACCUUCCGCGAGGGCCACUACAUCUGCGAGGCCGUGUACGAGACCGGCUGCCUCGUCGCCCUCGACAUCAUGGAGGUCAACCCGUCCCUCGAGGACCAGAGUUCGGUCGAGCAGACCGUCGCGGUGGGAUGCUCCCUCGCGCGCGCGGCCCUGGGGGAGACGCUGCUCUAG